AUGGAUAGUAUAGUUUAAGAAAGAGAAAAUUCACAAAUAAUAAUCUUAAAAAACUUAGAAGUCAAUUCACAAAUCAAUUCUUCUAAAUUAUAAUAAUCAAUCUAAAAUAUAAGAUAAUUGAUAAAACCUACUGCAUUACAUAUAGAGCCAUAGAUGUUGGUUCUUGAUAAACCAGAUAUGAAAACACCAAUAAAAAAGUCUUAAAAUCAAAAACUUAGUUCAGAUGAGUAUGCUACUUUAAAAAAAGGAAGCUAAGUAAAAAAUCAACUUGAUUUUACUUAAAAUUCAGCUUAAAAUUAGUUUGAAAUAAGUUAUUCUUAUAGAAAAAAGGAGAGUUAGAUUAUAAAAUCAACUGAUUAUUAAAAGAUUUUUGUACUUUACAAUCAUUUUUCAAUAGUAUAGAUGAUAGAUUCAUUCGAAGAAUGCUUUAAGCUUUUAAUAGAAAGUAGUGGUGCAUAACUUUUGAGAAUACCAAGUAAUUUGAUUUUGCGGAUUUUAAAAGAAAGGGAAGAAUUACAACAUUAGUGUAUUUUACUCUAAAGAAAACUUUAUUAUAUAGAUAGAUUAUAGGAAUAAUAUGAAAGAUCUCAAUAAUAAAAUGAAUGA